AUGGCCAAAAAGCUCGAAAAGCUCGAGCAGUGCACCGAGUUCCGCACAUUCCGGUUCCGCAUACAGGCGUUUUCCAACGGAUACCGCGAGUUCAUCGAGCGCGAGGCUGGCAUGACCGAGCAGGUGGUCAGCAAGCAGCAGCUGCGCAACUACUUGCACCAGCAGAGGUAUAUUUCGCGGUACAAUGAGGACGGAAAGAAGGCCAAGAGCAAGGGCCAUCAUGUGUGGAAUGUCGAGGCGAAGAAGAUGUCGCGCAACACGUGGUGGUUCAAGGAGUUCCUGCGGCGCAUUGCCUCGGGCCCGCCAAAGGCUGUGAUUGGCGUGCCAUAUGAGUGGGCCCGACUAUUUGGGAUCCGCAGGUUAACUGACGCGACCGACUGCGGCAUUGUGGUGAUUGCCAGCUACUACCAGGGCAAAGAAGUCCAUCAUCUCAAGACCAACUUUACAAUCCACGUUGUGCCACACACGCCGACAACCACCGUAUACAUGUCGUAA